AUGAAGAGCAACACCUCGAGUAAAAAGAAACCCUUUAAGCUCGGUUCCAAAGCAAGGAAAGCUUUGAAAGCCGCGCAAAAGUCAAGAGCAUCCGGCGGCGAAUUCAUCGAAGAAAAGCAAACGAAAAGCUUUCGUUACGACGAAGAUAAAGACGAAGAGUUGAAACGAUUGAGAGCACUCUACGCCUCCGGAGCGGUCGAAGAGGGGGACGACGAGGUUACUGAGAACAACAAUUGGCACGCGAUCGAUGUAAACUCGCAAUUUUUAGUCGGAAGUUCCGAGGAAGGAUUCGUGAGUCUCGAAGUGCUCUCGUUAGAGAAAGAAGGAGAGAAAGACGAUGCGAAGACGAAGACGACAGUAAAGAAGAGCGCGAGCAAAAACGAUAUCGACGACGACGGUAGCAUCACCGUCCGAAAAGAAAAAGAAAAAGAAAACGAUGAAAAUGGAGAAAAGAAGGAAGCGACAAAAUCAAAGGCGUCGAACGCGAAAGAGGCGAGAAUAUUGAAGCGCAAGAAACGGUGGAAGGAGAAGGUGGAAGAGGCAAAAAAGAGGAAGAGGAAUGAAAAGGACGAGGCAAAACGUGGCGACGGUGAAACGGCGGGUGGUGGUGGUGGUGACUAUGAAAACGAGGACGACGAUUUGUUAGGCGAUGAAGAAGACGUCGCCGCGUGGGCGCAGUACGAUUUGCACCCUCUUUUGCUCAAAGCUAUUCGGAAGCUUCGGUUUACUUCGCCGACGCCGAUUCAAGAGAAAGUUUUGCACCCGGCGAUUAAAGGAAGGAUGGAUAUCGUCGGCGCGGCGGAAACCGGGAGCGGGAAAACGUUGGCGUUUGGUUUGCCCAUUUUACAACGGUUGAUGCAAGAUAAAGAGGAAGAGAAAUGGUACGAAGAAUACGCGGACGAGGAGAAACCGGGGAAAGGGAAGAAACAUUUGCGAGCGUUGAUAGUGACGCCGACGAGAGAGUUGGCGUUGCAAGUGGCGAAGAUGUUAGCUGAUGUCGCGAUAUACACGGGCAUUCAAAUAGCGGCGAUCGUAGGAGGGAUGUCCAAGCAGAAACAAGAGAGAGUGUUGAAGAAACAGCCGGAGAUUAUCGUCGCGACGCCGGGGCGGUUGUGGGAGUUGAUUCGCGACGGAGACAAACAUUUGACGAGUUUGGAGCGGUUGACGUUUUUGACUCUAGACGAGGCGGAUAGGAUGGUAGAGAGAGGUCACUUUAAGGAGCUCGAGAGCGUGAUUAAAUCGAUUCCGGAACCGCCAGAGACGAGGAGGAUCGCGCGGUCCGCAAAGUUGACGAAACGGAAACAACCGAUGAUGGCGGCGACGAAAGUUAGCAAUGAUAGUAAAACGAAGAAAGGAGAAGAAGAAGAAGAAAAUGAAGAAAAAAAUGAUGAAGAAAGUGAACCAGCGGCGGAUAAUCGAAUCAUGGCGCGGGAUCGUCAGACGUUUGUCUUUUCCGCGACGCUUACCGUUCCGGAUGAAGUCAAAUACAAACUCGAUCGGAAGAAACCGCAAGCGUCGUCCAAGAAAGUGAACAACGGUAAAAAGAAGGACGGCGGCGGAAGCAGUGGCGUCGAGAACAACAACGGGGACUAUGAAAACGCGUAUCGCUUGGAACCACCGAAAGAGUUAGCGUCGACGAACACGAUGGGUAAUCUCAUGAAAAUGGUUCCAUUUUACGGCCGCGUCAAGCUUUGCGACGUGAGCGACUCGGUGACGAAAAAGAAGAAAGACAACAACCCCGAUGAAUCAUCAUCAAAAGCGAUGAUAACAUCAACAACGAAAGUGGCAUCUAAAGUGCACGAAUCUGCGUUAGAGUGUACGGACGACGAGCGCGACGCGUUGACUUUAUACCUUCUCUCCGCGCACGCCGGAAAACCAUCGAUUGUGUUUGUCAACGCUAUCUCAUCCUUACGCCGCUUAACGGCGCUUUUAAAACUCAUGAAAGUCAACGCGGUUGGUUUACACGCUGGAAUGCAACAACGCGCUCGCUUGAAAGCGUUGGACCGAUUCAAAGGUAAUAAGGCGUCCGCUCUAAUCGCCACGGAUGUCGCCGCGAGAGGUUUAGACAUUAAAGGCGUCGAGUUGGUCGUGCACUACCAAGUGCCUCGCCAAGCGGACGCCUACGUGCACAGAUGCGGACGAACCGGUCGCGCGAAUCUAUCGGGCGUUUCCGUAGCUUUAGUCACGCCAAAAGAACGCUCGCGGUACCUCGCCAUGCUCGCCGCCAUGGGUCGCGAGAGAGGCUUUCGAUUACCGCCGUUUCCGGUGGCGGAAGAAACCGUUCGCGAGGCGACGAAGAGAGUACAAUUGGCGAAAAGAUUAGACGCUAUCGUUCACAAAAACGAGAAGAAGCGCGCGGAUAAAGCGUGGAAGAAAAGAACGGCCGAGGCCAUGGACCUCGGUCUCGACGCAGACGACGAUUCCGAUUUCGACAAAAAUUCCGAUUCCGACGACCAGGACGUGAUGCACUUUUCCGAUAACGAAGACGGCGUCCAAGUCAUCGAGGAUUUCGAAUCGUACGGGAAACAUAAAAUGAAGAAAGAGUUGACGCAAAAGAAACUGGAACGAGAAGCCGAACUUAGAAACGUGACGAAACGGGAGAUUUCGUUGCGGAACGAGCUCGACCGGCUGUUGAAAACGCCUUUAGGCGCAAAGCGACAGUCCGCGCUCACGUCCCAAAAGUUCCCGACGCGAGAAGGCGGGAAACAGUUCGAGAAGACGAAGAAAAUGUCCUCCUCUUUCGCCUCCGCGUUGGAUGUCAUUGGACUCCCGAAGGAGAGCAGUGCAGUUGGACCGGCGUCGGCGGGCGCAGUCGCCGGCGGCGCCACGGGCGCGAGGCGGAUGCGAAGGAUGUGA